AUGCCUGUCUCUCCGAUCAUCGAUAAGCAAGGGAUCCAGUUUUAUUAUGUCGACACGGGUGAAUUGGAAGGCAUCUACCUGACUGUCGUCUUAGUUCACGGCACUAGCAUGCCUGGUGGUAUAUUUCGCCGCAUGCUGCCUUUCGCAGCAGCUCACAGACUUCGCCUUGUCCUCGUCAAUCGCAGGGGGUAUCCUGGAACGACCCCUCUUUCUGAGUCUGACCUCGACGCUAUAGCCAGCUCUGAUAGCACGACGCGUGCAGGUUACUUCGAGCAGAGAGCCUUGGAACUCGGCAAAUUCAUGGCUUGGUUUGUUCAGAAGGAAAAGAUCCCGACGUAUACCAUCUCCCAAGAUAAUAAGCCGGAAGGUGGGAUCGUCUUGUUGGGAUGGUCGUCCGGGACUACGUCGACUAUCGGUCUUCUGGCGCUUCAAGACAAGGUGCCAGCAGGGAUCCAGGCAGCUCUGGAGCCUUACUUCCGCUCAUUGUGUAUUUUUGAUACCCCACGAUGGGCAUUUGGCUUCUCGGACCCUCCCGGGUUCUACCAUCCCAUGCGUGAUGCAUCCUUGAGCCCUGAGGAGCGCCUUGCGAGGUUCCAGACGUGGGUAUCAGGGUACUACGCCCACCCUGAUAUCCCGUCGCGCGACAUCAAAGGGCUUACUCAACAAACAUCACCUGAUUUUGCUUCGACCAUGGACAGCAUGACGUCUGAAGAGCAAGCCAGCGUAAGCUAUGCAGGUGCUAUGGCCGUUGAAGCCCUCGUCCUCAGCACACCACCUGAAAUUUACCAAGCGCUGCUCCAUAAGACGAUAGACAAGCGUUCCGCAGACCUGUGGCCGAGGUGUAAAGUGAAGAUGCUAUGGGGAGAUAUGAGCCUUUGGGAGAUGGCCUCUGGCGCGUGGGAAAUUGAGAGGUUGUAUGAGAGUAUGAAGGCUUCGGGUGACAUUGGGAGGGCAUUGGAGUCGAUCAGGAUGCCGGGGGCAAAUCAUUUUUUCCAUUGGGAUCAGCCUGAUAAGACCUGCGAGAUCUUGUCGACAAUUUUGUAA